AGUAAAAAGUUGGCAACACUGAACGUCAGCUGCGGACGCGUAAGAUGAGUUCUUGGCUGGUCACAGAAAAGCGUAGUUGGCCAGAAUGGCUGGCACUUCAAGUGCUGAAGGUUGGUCCUAUUCCAAAACAUUUGGCUCUCAUCAUGGAUGGAAACCGUAGAUAUGCCAAACUGCAUGAACAAGAGACCUUCCAUGGCCACAUUGCUGGCUUCAAAACCCUUACCUAUGUUUUAGCCUGGUGCAGGGAUUUAGGGAUUACUGAGGUAACUUCUUAUGCACUCAGUAUUGAAAAUUUCAAGAGAUCUAAAGAAGAAGUGGAGGGAUUGUUAUCUCUGGCCAGUAACAAGUUUGAAGAGGUACUCAACGAGGGAGAAAAUUUGGCCAAACAUGGUGUUUGUAUUCGUAUUAUUGGAAACCUUGAUCUCCUACCUACAUAUCUUCGAGCUCAGACUGCUGAAGUUGUACUUAUGACCAGAAAUAACACCAAAUGUUUUUUAAAUCUUGCUCUAGCAUAUACAUCCCGUGAUGAAAUAACUGCAGCUGUACGAGAAUGUGCUAUCGCAAUAUCCGAAGGCCGCUUGCAAGAGACGGAUAUCACUCCACGGCUCCUGGAGCAGUGUCUCUACACAGCUCAGUCCUGCCACCCCGACCUGGUCAUCAGAACUUCCGGAGAAACCAGACUCUCUGACUUUCUACUAUGGCAAUCACAAUUUUCAUGCCUUUUUUUCACUAAGGUUUUAUGGCCAGAAUUGAGCAUAUGGCAUGUGCUGGGUGCAGUGUUCCACUACCAGCGGCACCACCACACGGUCGUCGCGGCACGCAAGCAAGCCAAGCUCCUCUAUGACCGCUACGAGCUCGAAGCUGAUCAAGCUUGCUCUCUCGACGAUCCCGAGUGCGGUUGUGAUGGGACCAAAGCUCGCAAGAUCCGCGUAGAACGUUUUAUUGCAGAUCUUGUAGAACGGAGAGAGAAAACGUAUCACGCGCUGUCAACACAGCUGAAAGAAAUCAAGAAGCAGCAACAAGAAAGUUGUGAGCAGGAGCAAAAGAGUGAGGCGUCAGGGCGAGUUAGAGUUAUAGGAGAGUGUGGUGAGAGAGUUGUGUCAGUAUCCGUUGCCGACCCCAGCCUUUUGAAAAGAGUCCAACAACGAAUGCUGUUAGAGGCGAAUUGAAUCGGAUAUGUUAGUGUUGUAUUAAUUCUAUGUUUGACAACAUAUUUUAUGCAGAGCUGAG